CUCUCUCUCUCUCUAAACAACAAUUGUUUCUUUUUUUUUUAAUUUUACAGUUCGAAUCUGAACAAAAGUCGGAAUCUCAAUUCCCCUCCUUUCUUUCGGGGGUACAGCUAAAAAAGUUUCUCAGAUUUAUCGUUUUCUUCUAUUCCUGUUCAUUUGAUUCCUCAAUAGGAUCCAAAGGAGGGGGUUUUUGCAAGUUUUGUGAUUACUAUUCAUUUCCUAAAUUGAGUGGGGAGGAGGAGGAGGAGAUGGGUUGUUUCUCGUGUUUCGAUUCGAGUGAUGAUGACGAGAAGCUGAAUCCAGUGGACGAAUCCAAGUCUCAGAAAACAACACAACCGACACUAUCCAAUAAUAACAUCUCUGGACUACCUUCAGGUGGGGAGAAGCUUAGCUCAAAGAGCAAUGGAGGUUCAAGAAGAGAUCUGCUUCUUCCAAGGGAUGGCCUUUCUCAAAUUUCUGCUCAUACAUUUGCUUUCCGCGAGGUCGCUGCUGCCACUAUGAACUUUCAUCCCGACACUUUCUUAGGCGAAGGUGGAUUCGGACGUGUCUACAAAGGAAGGCUUGACAGCACCGGUCAGGUUGUUGCUGUUAAACAACUGGACAGGAAUGGUCUACAAGGUAACAGAGAGUUUCUGGUAGAGGUUCUUAUGCUCAGCCUUCUUCAUCAUCCCAACUUAGUCAACCUUAUUGGCUACUGUGCUGAUGGUGAUCAACGCCUCUUGGUCUACGAGUUUAUGCCCUUAGGCUCCUUAGAAGAUCACCUCCACGAUCUUCCACCGGAUAAGGAAGCUUUGGAUUGGAACAUGAGAAUGAAGAUAGCUGCCGGUGCGGCCAAAGGUUUGGAGUUUCUACAUGAUAAGGCAAACCCUCCGGUUAUUUAUAGAGAUUUCAAGUCAUCAAACAUAUUACUGGACGAGGGUUUCCACCCAAAGCUUUCUGAUUUUGGACUUGCUAAACUCGGACCAACAGGAGACAAAUCUCAUGUCUCCACCAGGGUCAUGGGCACUUACGGAUACUGUGCUCCCGAGUACGCAAUGACAGGACAGCUGACGGUUAAAUCAGACGUCUACAGUUUUGGUGUGGUGUUUCUCGAGCUCAUUACUGGUCGAAAGGCGAUAGAUACUGACAUGCCUCAUGGAGAGCAGAAUCUAGUGGCAUGGGCUCGUCCAUUGUUCAAUGAUAGGAGGAAGUUUAUAAAGCUGGCUGAUCCUAGGUUAAAAGGGAGGUUUCCAACACGUGCACUCUACCAAGCAUUGGCUGUGGCUUCAAUGUGUAUCCAAGAGCAGGCGGCUACACGUCCACUCAUAGCGGAUGUGGUGACUGCACUCUCGUAUCUUGCAAAUCAAGCUUAUGAUCCAAACAAAGAUGAGAGUAAGAGAAGCAGAGAUGAAAGAGGAGGGAGGUUAAUAACAAGGAAUGAUGAAGGAGGUGGGUCUGGAAGUAAAUUUGAUCUAGAAGGUUCAGAGAAGGAGGAUUCUCCGAGAGAGACGACUCGGAUCUUGAACAGAGACAUCAAUAGGGAGCGUGCGGUUGCAGAGGCUAAAAUGUGGGGAGAGAGUUUGAGGGAGAAACGAAGACAGAGUGAGCAAGGAACUUCAGAGAGCAACAGUACCGGUUAGAUCCGGUUUGGGUCUUUGACCCCUUUUUGUUCCUUAUAUUUACUCAUUUAUUCUGAAAACAUAGAAAGAGAAAAAAAAGACAUUGUGACAAAGAGUUGAUGUACAUUAUAUAUGUGAUGUUAUAAUAUGGGCCAAAACUGGAACUUUUUUUUUAAAUAAAGCAAAUUCUAAUUGAAGA